CUGGACUCCACUCGCUACUAGUCUCUCGGUGCGGCCAGGAGGUAUAGUGAAAAGAGUCAAGUUUAUCCCAGGUCGCGUGUUGCAAUCAGAAAAAUCAGAGCUUCUUUUCAAAAUAGCCUCCGUACAAUCGUUUGAAUUUGGUAGUCUUUAAAUCCAAUUGCGCUUGAAGGCAACUGCUGAUUUGCGGGUAUUUAAAAACAAACCCCCCCCCCCCCUCAACAAAAAAAAACAAAUUGGGAAGGAAAUUGAUCAAAAUGACAACUGAUUUCCUUGUCGUCUGUCUACUGUUAUUCACCACGUAUCCAGUCAGCGGCCACUUGGAACCGGAAUUCGUGGACGCAGUUCAGAACAUCACGGUGCCCGUCGGUCGGGACGUCAAGUUCUCCUGUCACGUUCGACACUUGGGCACCAGUUACAAAGUGGCAUGGAUUCACUUCGAACGAUCGGCUAUUUUAACGGUUCACAGUCAAGUGAUAACACGAAAUCCUCGAGUGGGAGUGUCACAUGAAAAUCAUCGGACGUGGCAUUUGCACCUCAACGAUGUCCAGGAAACCGACAGGGGUCGUUAUCUUUGCCAAAUCAACACAGCCCAGGCCAAAACUCAAUCUGCUUAUUUGAAUAUCGUCGUCCCGCCGACGAUCGAAGACAGCGCCAGCAGCUCGGACGUGAUUGUGCGCGAAGGUAGCGACCUAAGCCUCACCUGUCAGGCUCGCGGGUCCCCAACGCCGUCGGUCAAGUGGCGCCGAGAGGACGGCCGUAAAAUCUCAACCAACAAGAGCUUCUCUAGCACGGAAGUGGAAGGCUCGAGCUUGGAACUCCAGAAAAUCAGUCGGCUGGAUAUGGGAGUCUACCUCUGCAUCGCCUCUAACGGUGUGCCCCCAACGGUCAGCAAGAGGAUCUAUGUCAGCGUCGAUUUUCCGCCAAUGGUUUGGGUACCUCAACAGCUAGUGGGUUCUCCGCUGGGCGCAACUGUGACCAUCGAAUGUUGGCUGGAAGCUCAUCCGGCUGCGCUGCACUAUUGGGCACGACCGGACGGCCAGGUGCUUCACGAUCCGACCAAGUACAGGAUCGAAAGUAUUAACGGUGUCACGGCGGCAGUGCCGCAGCAGCACAUGAACGCCACCUGGCCAUCCUACACCGUCUCGUCCAACAAUGGAUUUCACGACAAGAAGAAAAAUGUUGCCGGUGAUGCCCCGUUUGCGACACCCAACAUGAACCCAUCGUCCUACAUGACCCAUCUGAAAUUAACCAUUCGCCAUUUGACUGUGCGUGAUUACGGACCGUAUCGUUGCGUCGCCAAGAAUCCACGAGGAGAGACGGACGGAACCAUCAAGAUCUACCAAACUGAUCGGACGGGUCACCUGGUCAAAACCGUUCAGAACACUGGGGACACAACCAAAAUUAAUAUUUUGACAAGCACGGAAUCGGCUGAAGACUUGCAGACGGACAAGCAGGUGGCCAACGGAAAUAAUGGAGGAAUAAAAAACAUGAGUAAUGCACCUCGCGAUUCCGGCACCAAUCCUCGUCCGAUAAGUCGUCAGAAAGAAGCCUCAUCUUCAUGCCCUGGUACAACAGUUGUAAGGUUUUGGUUACCUUUCUUGGCUGGAUUGGCAUCUCAGCUUUGCGUUCACUCGAUUUCCUCAUCGCUGGGCAGGUGAACCGGCGUUUCUCACCGAAUAGAAAAGCGGCUAUUUGUCGAAUAAAAGUUCCUACACAAUAAUAAACCCGGUUAUGCCGAGAGGUGUGUUUGUUUUCUUCUCGGCAUCUCCUUUUGUAUCAUUUUUUUUUUACGAUGAUAAUCUCAAGUCACGGUGAUGAAUUAGUGAAUCAAUAGAAUUGGAAAGUGGAAGUGACACGAAUGUUUUCGACGAUUUCGAUUUGUAUGUUGUAUUUGAUGCGAGUUUUAUCAUCCACUUCAAGAUUUGAAUUACUGAAUUCUACGCCAAACUGAGACCUACUACAGGGAUGUUGAAAGUGUAGGAGAAGACAAACAGAUCUCUCAUCGUUGCGGCACUUCUACCUUCCUUUGGAUCCACGUCAACAAAUGUUUUAGAUCCGCUUUUGUUAUGGACUACACGGUCGCUGUUACAAGGCCACCAAUUAAAAACUCUCGACAAUUUGUUUCCCUUUCACUGCACCGUCAUCAGAAUCCCCUCUCUACGUCUUUUUCAACGAAUAUCCCAAACUUUUCGGAAGAACCUUUUUCCCGUUAUUGUUUCACUUUCCCCCCAUUAGGUUAUUAUUUUUGACUUCCUUUGCUCAUCAUCGUUAUUCUUCUGCCCUCUCUUUCACUGCAUUCAAAGUGUAUAUAUUUAUACAGAAUAUAUUCGAUUUUCCGGUUCAGAGAAAACGAGACGCUCCCUUCGCGUUGACGAUAUUUGGGAAACGGCUGUUGUCAUUGCCAUUUCCGUUGCCCGUCUACUCUUUGUUGAUAAAAUCUCUGUACUGUGCAUCUUCAUCGAAUACAUUGGCAACUGUCACAUCA